AUGGCUGUCCAUAAUAGUAGUAAUAAGAUCUCGGCAGUCACGACAGAAUGCACCCAAGUUUUCCACCUUUUUGCCAAGCUUCCCAUUGAGCUUCGAUUCAAGAUAUGGGCUUACAACCUUCCGGGACCGCGUAUCGUGGAGAUAAAAUGCAGCACCGAAUCUGCUCAGACAUCUCAGCCGCAACAGGGCGACCGUAGACCCGUUGUUUGUACAUCCACAUCUCCUAUUCCGACCAAUCUGCAUGUAUGUCGGGAGUCCAGAAACGAGGCGUUGAAGAAAUAUCGACUUUUAUUCGGCUCCUCCCCGCAGCCUGGCCGUAUUUUCUUUGAGCCCUUGAGAGACACGCUCUAUUUCGGUCCAAGGCGGGGAAUUGCAGCUGCAGAGACGCUGUUUCAUACCUUCGUCUCCCUAGUCCGACAAGAAGAUCUGGGCCAAGUCCGUCGUAUCGCUAUCAGCGAAGGGCUCAUAACAUAUACCGGCUCUAAUAAUCGGAGAGAUGGAGCCAAUAAACUAACGUUUAAACAAACCCUAUGCCAAGCACAUCGGUAUUUCGUUAACAUAGAACAUCUCACCUUCGUCAGCGACGAUAGGAAUCCUGUCUACAGCUCGGACGCGGUCUUCGUCGAACCAAGAGUAAGAAAUCGGAUCUUAGAACGACGAAUUCAGGAAGCUAUCGAUGCCGUCGAGGGACAGCAGCCGCAAUUUAAGCUACCUCUAUGCAGCGUCCGAGUCAUUGCUGCCGAACCUAACCGUCCUACGUAUGACCAAUCCGUACUAGGAUACAACGGAAAACGAGCCGUGUUUUUCAGAGAAUUUCAACUCCCACGAAUCCAAAGGAAUAUGGCUCAUUUACGAUCUGCCACUUGCGCAUAAGCCCGUGUGGACCGAAGCUGGCUCCUCAAUAGCGGAUGGUUUGAGACGGUAAUUUAGUUGGGGAAUAUGCGCGAGCCAUGUGGGAAUAUAGUACUAUGUUGAUCCGGAAAAGCCUCGAUUUGAAUGUAUAGAGUCCACUUAAUGUAGCAGCGUUAGAUUCUUGAUGAUUAUCAUUUUAAUGCCCUUUGUUUUAUCUUGUUUUAUGGUGGCAUUGAGUGAACUCUGAACAUCUU